GGUGGUAUCUGGCGGAUAAAAUUAAGAUAUUCCUUUGAAUUUUCUCGCUAAAAACGGAAACAGAGGAAGAAAAUCAAAUAAUAAUAAAAAAUUAUAUUUACGUUCAUUCACCAUUAAGAAGACAAAAAACAACAACAGUAAUACCCAUAAAGAAAAAACCUUGAACUUGACACACUAAAUGGCUGUUGUUUGUAUGUGUAAAUAUGUAUAUAAGAGAAAUUAUUGAUAAAUGUGUGUUUGAGUAUUGGAAAAGAAAAAUAAUAAAAAGCAAAUAAAAAUACAGAAUUUUAUAAAAAUAUCAGUAAAUAACAAACAACGGCGGAAAAAAUAACGUCUGUCUUAAUAAUAUCUUUAAAAAUUAUUAAGCACUUUUAAUAAUAAAUUUAAUAUUAUACUUUAUUUGCCCACAAAAAUAAAAAAGUUAAAAUAAAUUGAUUUCAAAAUGUGUUUAUAUAUGAAUGUGCCGCAGUGGUUAAAUUUUCAGAAUUUCCUUAAGGCCAUCAAUGAAAGUAUUAAUCACACCAUUGAUGUCACGUUUAUGUUUAUUUAUUUUAAAUGUUUAAAUCACACCAACAAUAACAAUAGCAGUAAUAAUAACAUCAGUAGUAAUAACAAACAACAGCAUAAUGUUAAAAAAACACAAAUUAUUGCAACAAAUGUAAAUCUGGAUAAAAAUCAUAAAAUAGAUUUCAAUGUAAAUUUAAAAACAAUAAAUACGAUUGAAAAGUUUACACUUCAUAAAAACGCGUCUAGUGAAAUUGCUCAAACAGAAAUAUUAAAAACAAUAAACUUAACAAAACAACAACAACAACAACAUCCACAAUAUCAGCAAACACAACAGCAGCAACAACAAUUCUAUCAACAUUAUCUGUAUAAUAAUGAUCAGUUAUUAUUGUUGGAUAAAUUUAAAACUUUUCCACUUCAUAUUUAAAAUUUACUUAAAACACGAAUUGUAAAUGUUUAUGGUUUUAUUAUUCAAUUUAAUUAUUUAAUGGCCUCCAGUGCAAUAAAUACUGUGUAAAUAAUGGAAUUUAAAAGAUUACAGUUACUCGGAAGAUGGAAAAGAAAAACUUUGAUCAAUAAACUACUUUUCUACAAACCUUCUCUACAGGUGCUUUUUAAACUCAAAAACUAAAACAAUAAUUUUUCUAUAUUAGAAUUAAUAAAAAAAGCAAAAUACUGAGAACAACUUAAUACCAUAAAUCAAUCAAUUAAAUAGCAACAAGGUAAAACUAUAUAAUUCACUUUAUAUGACUUUUAAAAUGUCAAUACAAAACUAUUUGAAACUAUAUGUCAGGCGAACUUCCAAGUUUCUGGCUUGAUUUUAAUAACAAAAAUUUUACAUAAAAUCAUAUUAAUUAAUAAUUUUAGUGUAUUUCAAGAUAUGUAAUUUUUCCUUGUUGCCACAAAAUUAAUUAAAUAUUUUUUUUCACUCAUUGUAAAUAAAAUGAAA